GUGAUUGUUUUUUCAGUUUUUUCCAUUAUGAUUAACUUUUAAUUGUUACAUUUCUUUUCUUUUUUUUUGUUCUUAUCAUUGAUGUUAAACUAUUAUCUUAUCGUUGAACAGUCGAUGUAUAAAAUCUACCAUGAUGAGAAAUUUAGACUCUCUUAUUCUAAUGAUUUCUAUUCAUCAACUUAUGAUAUUAUUUUAUGGUUCAUUUAUAAGAUAUUCAAGCCUUUAAUUAUGUUUCGUUUUCUUUUCUUUGUAACAGUUACAAGUAUUUGUUUUCUAUAUGGAAUUUCAAUAUCUACAAAUGUUGUCAAGUCUGACAAUUCAACAUUUCGAGCUGCCGUUUAUGAGUAUCAACGAUAUAACAAUCUGUCGAUCAAUGGAUUGGAUUUGUUGCAAGUUAAAAGGAUUAAUCUAAAUUCUUAUUCUAAAGCGAUUCAAGUUGCCUCUCAACAUGGAGCAAAUAUCAUCGUUUUCCCUGAAUCUGGUCUAUUUGGAGUAGCUAAUCGUCUUUAUGCCUUAGCUAAUUAUGAAUAUAUUCCAAAAGCCAAUGAAUCGAUAACUCCUUGUAUCGAUUGGCCUGAAGAAUCAGUUGAAUCAAGAUUAUCUUUCAGUGUCUAUUCAUUGAGUUGUCUUGCCAAGAAUUUUAAUAUUUACAUUGCCGCUAUUUUGGGUGAGAAAAUUGAUUGCUCACCAAUAAUUGAUACAAAUUGUCCUGAUGAUGGUCACUAUCUGUAUAACACUCAGAUACUUUUCGAUUCAACUGGAAAAUUGAUCGCUAAAUAUCAUAAAACUCAUUUAUUUUUCGAGGCUGCAAAUAACAUUCCCAGAGAACCUGAAAUUGUAACGGUUUCAACUCCAUUUGGAAAAUUGGGUUUUCUCAUUUGUUUUGAUAUUCACUUUGAACAACCAGCUCUCAGUUUAAUUUAUACUGAAUCAGUUGAUACAAUUUUAUUUGGCGCUCAUUGGAUCGACGAAUCUCCCUUUCUUAAUGCCCAUAGAGUUCAAUCUGGUUUCGCAAUUGAACAUAAUGUUAACCUUUUAGCCGCUGGAAUUAAUGAUUUGAUUAACGGAGCAAUGGGUUCGGGUAUUUAUGUCGCUGGUGAAGGUCCAAUUAUUUACACUGCUGAUAUAACUAAAAGUGGAUCUAAACUAUUAAUUGCUGAUAUCCCUAAAUCAAAAAGACUACCAAUCAAUGAAGAUAAUAGUUAUUUCAUUGAAAGGGAAGAUAAAUUUGUUAAAUUGAUUGAAAAUGUUGGAUCAUUACACGAACAAUCAAUUAAUACACCUUAUGCACAAUGGACAUUGGAACUUGAUCUAUUCGAUAGUACAAAAUUAUCUCAACAAUCUGGAACAAUUACAUCUUGUACAGAGGAGUUAAUUUGCUGUCAAGUUGAUUAUUCUCUUAAAAAUCCAACAUUCAUAUCAACUUAUUAUCUUUUAGUUAAACGAUGGAUCAGACCGACAACCAAAAUUUGUGAACAAUUUUGUGGAUUAGUUGCUUAUAACAUAACCGAUUAUAGUUACACUUCAACUGAUAUAUUUUCAUAUUUACGAUUAACUGGUACAUUUUCUGGUAAUUUAUCAAUUCCAAGUGUAAUCACCAACAAUUUACAAUUAAUCUCAAAAACUGAUUGGAUUUACGCCCAUAAAGAUAAUGUAGCAGUAAUUACAAUUAACAAUUCUAAUCAACCAAUUGUAGCAGCUACACUUUAUAGCCGUUACGAGAAAGACGAUCAACCAAUUGGAUAAAAAGAAAACAAUGGAAAAAACCUUCCACCCUAAUCAAAACAAAUUAAUUAAUUCCAAGUAUAAUUAAUUAAAAAAGAAAAUUAAUUGCAA